GCGAAAGAGAGAAUACUCUGUCCCCUGAUUUUCUGUCAUUGCCAUGGAAACGCUGCGCCUGGCUGCUGUGUGUGUUCUGCUCAGUGCAGGUCUGACCUUCGCUGCUGUGGAGGAGGAGAAUCCAGAGUUCUGGCGUUCUCUGGCCCGCGGUGAUUUGGAGGCGGCCCUCAACAGGAAGCUCAACACCAACGUGGCCAAAAACAUCAUGCUCUUCCUGGGAGACGGUAUGGGUGUCACCACCAUCACCGCUGCACGGAUACUCAAGGGUCAGCUUCAGAACCGCACCGGAGAGGAAACCGUCAUGACCAUGGACACAUUCCCCUAUGUGGGGCUGGCUAAGGUGUACACCGUAGAUUUCCAGAUCCCAGACAGUGCAGCCACGGCGACAGCGUACCUGUGUGGGGUGAAGACCAACCUGAACGUGCUGGGGCUGAGUGCAGCGGGCCGCAACGGAGUGUGUCGCACGCAGAAGGGCAACGAGGUCACCUCCAUCCUCAAGUGGGCCAAGGACGCAGGGAAGUCGGUGGGCAUUGUCACUACCACGCGUGUGCAGCACGCCACCCCUGCCGCCAGCUAUGCCCACAGCGCCAGCCGCAAGUGGUACAGCGACUCAGACCUGCCCCCUGGUGCCAAGCUGGGGGGAUGCACCGACAUCGCCAGCCAGCUGCUCAACAACACUGACAUCGAUGUGAUCAUUGGAGGAGGCAGGAAGUACAUGACCCCAAAGGGCACCAGAGACCCAGAGUAUCCCAGUGACCUCGGGGCUCAGGGUCAAAGAUCAGACGAGAGGAAUCUCAUUAACGAGUGGCUCAAGAUGAAGGAGGGAAAGGUGGCUCGCUACGUGUGGAACCGCACAGACUUUGAUGCUGUUGACCCAGAGACCACCGACUAUCUCAUGGCGUUGUUUGAGCCGGGUGACCUGCGCUUUGAGCUGGAGAGGGACCCGGCACUGGACCCCCCCCUGACGGAGACCACAGAGAAAGCCAUCCGCAUCCUCAGGAGGAACCCCAACGGAUUCUUCUUACUGGUGGAGGGUGGGCGCAUUGAUCAGGGACACCAUGCCAGUCGGGCGUCUAUGGCUCUACAUGAAGCCGUUGCCCUGGACAACGCAGUGGCCAAAGGUCUGGAGCUGACCAAUGAGGAGGAGACGCUGACCCUGGUCACCGCUGACCACUCCCACGCCCUCAGCUUCAACGGAUACCCCUUCAGAGGAAACAGCAUUCUGGGCAAGUCUCCUCUCUAUGGGACAGAUAUGUUGCCAUAUACCACACUGAUGUAUGGAAACGGCCCUGGACACAAAAUCAUCAAUAACAAGCGCCCAGACAUCCGUAAAGUUGACACCAAGAGUAAGGACUAUGUCCAGCAGGCUGCGGCUCCACUGGAGUCUGAGACCCACGGCGGGGAGGACGUGGCGGUGCUGUCCCGCGGCCCGAUGGCCCACCUGCUCCAGGGCGUCCACGAGCAGAGCUACCUGCCCCACGCCAUGGCCUACGCCGCCUGCAUCGGCCCCGACACACGCCACUGCACACACACUCCCCCCCCUCACAACGCCGCCGCCGCCAGAGCGGCACACACACACACACACACUCUGGGCCCGGCACUCCUCACACUGCUCUCCGUCAUCACUGUAGCCACCCUCAACACUCUACACUAGAGGAGCAGGACACACACACACACACACACACACUCACACACACAUAUACACACACACACACACACAUCCUCAACACUC